ACAAAACAAACAAUCUCUUCAAAUUAAUUAAGACCAUUUUCAGAAAUCUUCAAAGAUGGUAGGACCUUCUCUUAACUCACCCAAGCCCCCAGCAAGCACCACCACAACAAUCAAAUUCCUGUGUAGCUAUGGUGGUCGGAUUCUUCCUCGAUAUCCAGACGGAAAGCUCAGAUAUCAUGGAGGCCAUACUCGGGUCCUUGCUGUUGCUCGCUCCAUCUCCUUUUCUGAAUUGAUGGCGAAACUAGCAGAAUUAUGUGGGAAGACGGCGAGUUUAAGAUGUCAAUUACCAACUGAAGAUUUAGAUGCACUUGUUACAAUUACAUCUGAUGAAGAACUAGAGAAUCUUCUUGAGGAAUAUGAUUCAACCACACAAUCACAAUCUCAUCAUAUAAAAAUCAGAGCGUUUCUGUCUCUUACUAAGAAAUGCUCUUCUCCUUCACUAACACGGACACCAUCAUCCGCCUCGGCUUCAGGAUCCGGAUCUAGCACCUCAUCCACGGAUUCAUCACCCACACCAAAAUCUCCGUCCCCAUCUUUGUCGGGCUUCUACACGGCCGAAAAAAUGAAUAGUGUUAUCUAUACGUCAUCAAAACCCCCAGUCUGCCAAAAUAAAGCAGCAGCAGGAGGGCACGGGAAGAUGCCGUGUUAUGGUUAUAGAAAUAAUGGUUACAAUAAUCGGUUUUGCGUUGUUCCUAAUGGAAAUUAUUGGCAAUAACAGUUUUUAAGUUCGGCAGGAACCUUGGUGAAAAAUAUAUAAUAUGUAGACGAUAUAAUCGAACAAAAUUAUACAAAAGUAGUAAUUAAAUCAUUAAAAACCAACACACUAAAAAAAAGAGGAAACGAACGCAGAGAUAUGUAUAAUUCUUAUCAACUGCAAAUAACAUUAAGAUUUGGAUAUGGAGAUAGAGGGGAAAAUGAAAAUCUAUAAUUAAUAGUUGAGUCCAAUUUUUGUCGCUUAGAAAGAAUUCCGUUAACUGCCUACUUGUUAUGAAAUGGUUGGAGGUCCUUAUGAAAUCAUUUUUCAACUUAAAAGUAAGGAUAAAGCUGUCUACGUCUCGUUCCAUAAAGAAGAGAUUGAAUACGGUUGUUAUUGAUGAUCUUAUUAUUUGCCUCACAAACUCUCUUCAAUGUGAUAUGGUUGGAUCGGUGGUUUCAUGUUUUGUCAUUUUGUUGUGGUGAUGAGAUUUUGGUGAAUUGGGGGUUAUCUUCUUUUUUUUUCCCAUUGAUUACAUCAUCCCCACACUUUAUGUCUCCAAUGUAUGUAUGUGAUAUGUAUAACCCAUACGUAUACGUGUUGUGCUAGUAAUAUAUAGCUCUAUAGGAUUGUUGUUUAACGGCUUUCUUGUUUGGUUAAUUUGUUUGUCUUCAUCCUCUGUUUUCUUUGUCUUUUCGUAUUAAACUAAAAUAAUUGUUUUGCUUCUUAUGUUGUAAUUUGAUUCAAGUGGCUGUUUUUCAGGUUAAGGAUGUUGCUAUGUAUAUUUGGUUGCCAUUCAAUGGACAUAUAUAUAUACAUAGAAGAAGAGAUUCCUAGCUUGCAGGUAUAUAUUGAGGUUUGGAGUAAUUUGGAAAAAGAUCGUGAAGUAUGAGAAGCCCAUUGCUUUGGCCAGGUCCAUUCGGGUAGGUAUUAAACGUAAAAGAGAUGAUAUUUGUUUGGUGGGUCAUUACACAUCUCAAUCGAUCGGAUUAAACAUUGAUGAGUUGAUAGCAAAGCAACGUAUGAAUGAAUGAUUCUAUGGUGGCUAAAUUGGCAUGAUGGACUUUUUGGAAUAUAUAUAGAUUAAGUGGUGGCAAUCCUAAAGCGUGGCAUGACUGCUGUUGUAUAUAUUCAGUUAUAUUCUCUUUUUGGCGAAUUUUAGUCAGCCAUUUGGUGUAUGACCAAAAAAAUGGUCCAGGAAUUUCAUAGAUAACCUUUUUCCCCCUCUUGCUAGUUGUUAAUGGAGAAAAGGAUUGCUAGCUGGUGAUAACCAAGUCGUUGUUUUGAUUCAAA